GGGCAGCGCCGUGCCGUGGUCGGGGGUCUGGCCCCAUCCGCCCUCCCUCCUGCUCGCAGAGCGGGCGAGGAGCGGCGGUGGCUGCAGCCCGGCACGGCACGGCACGGCACUGCUGGGGCAGGCUGCGCGGGCUGCUCUGGGCUGGUGCGGGAGCUCUGGUGGCAGGCACGGGCAGGGCGGUGGGUUGUGCUUCCAUGGUGUGCCCCAUCCCCGGGUUGGGUGGAGUUGUGGCAGCCUGGGGCAGUGGAAGGUGGCCCUGCCUCUGGCAGGGUGUUAUUACAGUAAAUGAGCUUUAAGGUCCCUUCUAACCCAAGCUGUUCUGUGAUUCCAUGAGCUCCCAGCCUGCACAGUCCUUGAGCGUGUAGUGCCUAGGUCCUACUUUGUGACUGUGGAAGGGUGGAUGCCUUGGGUUGCUCGGGCAUCUCUUGAAGAAGGAAUGAAGUUUAAGGGAGGAUGUGAACCUAAACCUCUAAAAACACAGAUUGUUUAUGAUACUCUGUAGUGGUCUGGGGAAGAUGACCACUCUCACAAGGCAGGACCUCAACUUUGGGCAAGUUGUUGCAGAUGUUCUUUCAGAAUUCCUGGAAGUGGCUGUUCACCUCAUCUUGUAUGUCAGAGAAGUUUACCCUAUUGGGAUCUUUCAGAAGAGGAAAAAAUACAAUGUACCUGUCCAGAUGUCCUGCCACCCAGAGCUGAACCAGUACAUCCAGGACACGCUGCACUGUGUAAAGCCACUGCUGGAGAAGAACGAUGUGGAGAAAGUUGUGGUUGUAAUUCUGGAUAAAGAGCACCACCCCGUGGAGAGAUUUGUCUUUGAGAUCACCCAGCCACCUCUUCUUUCCAUUAGUUCUGAGUCCCUGCUGUCCCACGUGGAGCAGCUACUGCGUGCCUUCAUCCUGAAAAUCAGCGUGUGUGAUGCUGUGCUGGACAACAACCCCCCAGGUUGCACCUUCACAGUUCUGGUUCACACGCGGGAGGCCGCCACACGCAACAUGGAAAAGAUCCAGGUGAUAAAGGAUUUCCCUUGGAUCCUUGCUGAUGAGCAAGACGUGCACAUGCACGACCCCCGACUUAUUCCCCUGAAAACCAUGACAUCUGACAUCUUAAAGAUGCAGCUUUAUGUAGAAGAGCGAGCUCACAAAGGCACCUGAUUUCAAAUCUUCCUUGCCUUCAAGCUUCAUCUGAUCUUCCAGUGGAGUAAGAUCUGUCACAAACUGUAUCUUGUUAACCAUCUCUUCAGCUGGCCUUCUGGGUGAAUGUAGAGCAGCUGCUGCCUCUUUAUUUCAAGUGCUCUUACCACUGUAUAAAGAACUGACUUGGAAUGGGGAGCCAGAGCCUGUUCCCAUCUUGACUUGUGUGAGAGUACAGGUGUUGAAACAGUGCAUCCCUGGGGAGUCAGUGCUUUAUUACCAGUCCAGUUCUCACCUGAAAAGGGCAGCUCCAUUGCACACAGGCAGUGAUAGACAGCUAGGAGCUGUCACACAGUCCAUAAGAGCAACAUUUGUGCUAAGGGGGAGCGAGGCCUUAUGUAGUGUCUGUCCACUGUGACCAUCCCAAGUAGUCUUCAAUAAAUACCAACUUUUACCCCAGUUGAACUGGGCUGAGUUCUGUCAAAA